UCUAGUCGAGCCAGUUUAAAGGAAUAUGGUGAGUGUUACAAAAAUCUCGGUCAAGGUACCUCAGGUGUUGUCAAAGUAAUACGGCAAAUGGAUUCUCAAGGUCGUAUUAGACAACUUCAUGCCAUCAAGCAAUUCCGUAAAAAGCAUAAGAAUGAAACUGAAAAGGAGUACAUGAAAAAGGUUACCAGUGAAUUCUGUAUAUCCUCAACCUUUGAUCAUCCAAAUAUCAUUAAAACGCUCGAUUUAGCUUGGAAUGACAAGAAAAGAAGAUAUUGCACCAUUAUGGAAUAUUGCGCUGGUGGUGAUUUAUUUGCUAUAAUCAUGGCUGAACGCAUGUCAGAAGUCGAAAAAUCGUGCUGUUUCAAACAACUUCUACAAGGUUUGGCUUACCUUCAUUCCACCGGUGUUGCUCAUCGUGAUAUCAAACCCGAGAAUUUGUUAUUGACUAUGGAUGGCACAUUAAAAAUAACUGACUUUGGCGUAUCCGACGUCUUUCGUUUUCCCUGGGAAUCGUCUACUAUCACUCGCCUAAGUCGUGGUUUGGUGGGUUCUGAACCUUAUAUUCCUCCUGAAGCCUUUCUACACAAAGAAUAUUCUGGUACAGCAGGAGAUAUGUGGUCGGCAGGAAUUGUCUUUUAUUGUCUUUGGUUAGGCGGCCUUGCUUGGUAUAAAGCGAAAACAUCCGAUAGUGCCUAUUGUGGAUAUCUCCGUAGCCUUGAAAGGCAGCAAACUUUUGACUUAUUUCGUCCCAUGUCGAAAGAUCAAUUGCGGGUUCUGCAUCGAUUGCUGGAUCCUAACCCUAAUACACGUAUCACAGCAAAAGAUUUGUUGAAUCAUGACCCCUGGAUUCAAUCAAUUUCUGUAUGUGAUGAACGUGCAAAAGAUAAAUUAGGUAGACAUCACAAGCAUACAGAUGGUGUACAGCCUGUCUGUAGAUUA